AUGUUGUAUUUAUUAGGAUUUUCGUGGGGUGCCGGCAGUUCAGCCUAUCAAACAGAAGGAGCCUGGGACAAAGAUGGAAAAGGACUGAGCAUCUGGGACGUGUUCAGCCAUAAGAAAGGCAAAAUCCAACAAAAUGACACUGGGGAUUCCUCCUGUGAGGGCUACUACAGAGUCAAGGAUGAUGUUUCUUUGAUGAAGGAGCUGAAGCUCAACCACUAUCGCUUCUCCAUCUCCUGGCCCAGACUCAUCCCCACUGGCAUAAAGUCUGACCAUAUAAAUGAAAAAGGAAUACAGUACUAUGAUGAACUGAUUGACCAUCUGCUGGAGAAUAAGAUCACGCCCAUCGUCACUCUGUAUCACUGGGAUCUUCCCCAGGUUUUACAAGAAAAAUAUGGCGGAUGGCAGAAUAUAAGCAUGGUCAACCAUUUCAAUGAAUUUGCCAACCUGUGCUUUGAAAGAUUUGGUAACCGAAUCAAGUAUUGGAUCACCUUCAACAAUCCAUGGUCUGUAGCAGUUGAAGGCUAUGAGACAGGUGAGCAUGCUCCUGGACUGAAGCUGAGAGGGACAGGAGCAUACAGAGCUGCCCACCACAUAAUUAAGGCACAUUCAAAAGUUUGGCACACUUAUGAUACACAAUGGAGGGGAAAACAAAAAGGUCUGGUUGGCAUCUCUCUGUCCGGUGAUUGGGGAGAGCCGGUGGACAUCAGCAACCAGAAAGACAUUGAAGCAGCUGAGAGAUAUGUCCAGUUCUACCUGGGCUGGUUUGCCACACCCGUCUUUCAUGGAGACUACCCUCAAGUAAUGAAAGACUUCAUUGGGAGGAAGAGUGUCCAGCAGGGCCUCGGGACAUCUCGACUGCCUUCAUUUUCCCCCCAAGAGAAGAGCUACAUCAAGGGGACCUGUGACUUCUUGGGCAUUGGCCAUUUCACCACCCGCUACAUCACCCAAAAGAACAACCCAUCAAGUCGCAGUAGCAGCAGCUACUUCGCUGACCGUGAUCUGGCUGAGCUGGUUGACCCACGAUGGCCUGACCCCGGGUCAGAGUGGCUCUACUCUGUGCCCUGGGGUUUCAGACGUCUGCUCAAUUUUGUCAAGACUCAGUAUGGAAACCCAAUGAUUUAUGUGACUGAGAACGGAGUCUCUGAGAAGAUGUUAUGCACAGAGCUGUGUGAUGACUGGAGGAUACAGUAUUACAAAGACUACAUCAAUGAGAUGCUAAAAGCUAUCAAAGAUGGAGUCAAUGUGAAGGGCUACACCGCGUGGUCCCUGCUGGACAAGUUUGAGUGGGAUGAAGGCUACUCUGAGAGGUUUGGCUUGUACUAUGUGGACUUCAGGAAUAAAAACAAGCCUCGCUAUCCCAAAGCUUCUGUUCAGUUUUACAAACGCGUCAUCACCUCCAAUGGAUUUCCCAAUCAGAGAGAGGUUGAGAACUGGAGGAGGAAGGCGAUUGAGACCUGUUCUUCUAGCAACCAGCUCCUAGCGGCAGACCCUUUGACCAGCCACAUGGAGAUGGUAACUGAGAUCGUUGUUCCCACUGUGUGCACACUCUCUAUUUUGCUCAGUGCCAUCUUCCUCAUGUUCCUGCUGCGGAGGCGGAACUAG